AUGUCGCAACAAUCAGAUUCUUCCUCUCCCAAGAAGUUGUCCCCCACCGAUGCUCAUGACUCUGUUCCAAGAACUGAACCAGUUAACCCUAAUCAAGUUCUUAAUAUUGCUUCGUUAAGAAUGGUUAGUGCUUAUGAUCUGAAGAUCAAGAAAUCUCAAACUCCACAUGCAAGAAGACCCAAGGAAACUGUUCAAGCGAAGGACGCUAAUCCUUCUUUGUCCAUUUCUCGUGCGAAAUUACCCAAGGAAGGAUCAAAGUAUGUUCACGAAGCCAUUACCAAAAUUAUUACUCGUAUCUUGGAUGAACAGCGUCAAGUUCCUGGGAUCUCUGCACCUUUACAGACUAUUAUCCCUGACUCCACUCAGAACCCUAACCCAAAUGUUGCUCAAGAACAUGUAGAUGUGAGUAUGGAUGCUGAUAACGUUCAUGAGAAGAAUGAUGAUGUUCAGAUGACUGAUGAAGAAAAGAAUGAUGAAGCUGCUGAUGUUGUUCAGAAUUUCACUGACAACACUAAGAAUCCUGAUGUCCAAGGAAAUGCUGAAGCAGCUGAUGUUACUCAGGAUGUCACUGACAACAAUGAGAAUGAUCCUAAUGAUGAUUCAGGUAAUAAUCAUAGCAAAAAGGCUCAUGACCAGAAAGGUAAAAAAGUAGCUAAUCAGAGUCCUCCCAAGAAGAAAGUACCAAAGACUACUUCAACUGGACCCAUCAGAAGUAAAGUUGUGUCCAAGAGUACCUCCAUUGGCCCUAGUAAGAUUAAGACUGUAUCUCAGAGUGUUCCUGUUGGACCGUCAAAGUCUUGGAGAAAAGUUAUUCCAAAGAAGAGGAAAGCUCAAGUCAUGGACGACUCUGAUUCUAAUGUUGAAGUGGAUGUUCAACGCAUUCAACUAAAGAAGAAGCCUACUUCCAGCAAGCUUGCUGCUAAAGUCCCUAAUGUGCCAAUAGAUAAUAUUUCCUUCCAUUCUACUUCAAGUCUCAAUAGGUGGAAAUAUGUCUACCAAAAGAGACUGGCCCUUGAGAGAGAAUUAGCUCAGAAUGCUCUUGAUUGCAAAGAUAUAAUGGAACUGAUUCAUGCUGCUGGGUUGAUGAAGAUUGUUGCUCACUUUGCAACAUGCUAUGAAGUGCUGGUGAAAGAAUUCAUUUUGAACCUCUCAGAAGAAUAUGCUGAUAGAAAUUCUAAGGAAUUUAGGAAGGUGUAUGUGAGGGGCAGGUGUGUUACAUUUUCUUCCACUGUGAUAAAUAACUAUUUGGGGAGGUCUGAUGAAGCUCAACCUGAGUUGGAAGUAUCUGAUAACAAGGUGUGCCAAGUCAUCACUGCCAACCAGAUCAAGAGCUGGCGUAAGCUAAGCAUGAAAUAUGCCAUGUUGCAUAAGAUUGGUGCUAUAAAUUGGGUGCCUAUAAAUCAUAAAUCUACCAUUGCAACUGUCCUGGGAAGAUUUAUCUAUGUUGUUGGUACAAAAGCUAAGUUUGAUUAUGGUACCUACAUAUUUAAUCAGACUAUGAAGCAUGCUGGAAGCUUUAGUGUAAAAGGACUUAUAGCUUUUCCAUCUCUCAUAUAUGGCAUUAUCUUGAACCAGUACCCAGGCAUCUUGGUUGAAAAUGACUCUAUCUGCAAAAGGGAAAGUGCUCUUUCAUUUCAUUACAAACUGUUUCAAGGAACCCAUCCUCCCGACGUAGUCAUGACAUCAGUUGGGACAUCCAAAGGAAGUUCCACUACAGGUAAAGCUGCAGUGGUUGCUAUAUGCUCAGGGAAACAUGCAAGGAGCUAG